UUUCACCAGAAAAAAUAGAAAAGAAUGCAGUCAAAUAUAUAUAUAUUCAAUUUCAAUCAUAUGUUGCAGAGAGAACAAGAUGCUAUUCAACGCAGAAUAAUUGAAGAAAACCGCAGGCUUGCGUGGGAUGAUACAAGGCACAUGCCAUUGACUACAAGGGUGAUUCAAGAGACUCUAAGAAGAGCAAGUAUUCUAUCAUUCACGUUCAGAGAAGCAGUGCAAGAUGUUGAGUUUGAAGGCUAUCAUAUCCCAAAAGGUUGGAAAGUUCUUCCUCUCUUCAGAACCAUUCAUCAUUUUGCAGAUUUCUUUCCUCAACCUGAGAAAUUCGACCCUUCAAGAUUCGAGGUGAGGCCUAGCAUUAAACCAAAUAAGUUAUCUAAAAUAAAACUGAUAUUUUUUUAA